AUGCGAACAUCGUGGGCUGAUUCGGUUUCUGCAGCUGAGAACUCGGCUACUGGCGGUUCUGCUAAUAAUGGGCGUGUGGGGACCACUCCGGCUCCGACCAGAUCGACUUAUGUGCCGCCGCAUCUCAGAAAUAGGUCAACUUUGUCGGAGUCACCGGCUCCGGCAUCUUAUGGUGGCUCUUCAAUUUCAGGUAAUGAUCAAUCCGGGUACGGCCCUACUUUAGGCGGGAACCGAGGGGGUGGCCCUAGGAAUGAUUAUAAUAGAUCUGGGUAUGGUAGUGGUGGCCGCGGUGGUGGUUGGAAUAGCAGAAGUGAUGGUUGGGAUCGUGGGAGGGGAAGGGAAGUAGAUCCUUUUGGAGAUGAUGACGGUGAAGAGCAACCUGUUGGUGAACUGGAAAACACGGGGAUUAACUUUGAUGCAUACGAGGAUAUUCCUGUGGAGACAAGUGGGGAUAAUGUGCCGCAACCGGUGAAUACUUUUGCGGAGAUUGAUUUAGGUGAAGCACUUAAUCAGAAUAUUCGGAGGUGCAAGUAUGUGAAGCCAACUCCUGUGCAGCGGCAUGCCAUACCAAUAUCGCUCGCAGGAAGGGACUUGAUGGCUUGUGCUCAGACCGGGUCUGGCAAAACAGCUGCUUUCUGCUUCCCAAUUAUCAGUGGAAUUAUAAGAGGUCAAUUUUCACAGAGACCUCCACGGGUGCCGCGUAUGGCAUUUCCUCUUGCUCUUAUUCUCUCUCCAACAAGGGAGCUUUCAUCCCAAAUUCAUGAAGAAGCUAGGAAAUUUGCAUACCAAACGGGUGUCAAGGUGGUUGUUGCCUAUGGUGGAGCACCUAUUAACCAACAGCUUCGAGAACUGGAGAGAGGUGUUGAUAUACUUGUGGCAACCCCGGGACGGUUGGUAGAUUUGCUUGAGAGGGCAAGAGUUUCAUUACAGAUGAUCAAAUACUUAGCUCUAGAUGAGGCAGAUCGAAUGCUGGACAUGGGAUUUGAACCUCAAAUAAGGAAAAUUGUGCAACAGAUGGACAUGCCUCCUGCAGGUAUAAGGCAAACGAUGCUGUUCAGUGCCACUUUUCCAAAGGAGAUACAGAGACUGGCCUCUGAUUUUCUUUCAAAUUACAUCUUCUUGACUGUCGGAAGAGUUGGGUCAAGUACUGAUUUGAUUGUCCAAAGAGUUGAAUAUGUUCAUGAGACUGACAAGAGAAGCCACCUCAUGGACCUCCUCCAUGCCCAGAGGGCAAAUGGUGCUCAUGGCAAGCAAUCGCUUACUCUGGUUUUUGUGGAGACAAAGAAGGGAGCCGAUUCACUGGAACACUGGUUGUGUAUGAAUGGCUUCCCUGCUACCACUAUUCAUGGUGAUAGAACACAGCAGGAAGCAUGUGUUUUUAAAGAAAUACUGGAAACAAGGUUUUGUUUGUGGAUGAAAAUGGAGUCUAGCAGAAGGUCAUUGAAGGAAGGGGAUGGCAAGCAUUUGGAGGAUGUCAUUCAUGGCGAUAGUGAUGCUAUGCCCAGAGAGAAGGACAAUAGGGACUAG